AGGUAAAGAGAAGGGAUGGAAGAGUGUUAGAUGCAUUUUAACCUAUCUCACACUGAACCUCCAACUCUUGGUUGCAUACUGAUCAGUUUGCUCCAUCACAAGUGGGCACUAACAACUGCAUCAGCGGAAUUUUUACAUUUUGAGUAUGAUUCAGGGAGGUUAAACUUAUAUUUCUUGACUUAAUUGGGCAAAAUGAAUACAAGAAUUGCAUUUAUUGUUAUUAUACUAGGUACACAUUUAUUAUUAAUUUACUAUCAAACUGACAGAAAAUUAAACUUCAAUGCACAAGUUAAGAGGGAAAAAGAAACACAAAUAUUGGCAAAUACUAGCCUCGCAAAAGUGACGAUUUUCUGCUCUUGUUUUGCUGCCUUGAAUUAUAUUAAAAGUAUUGUCUUUCGGUUUCAAACUAUUAGUCGCACACAUAACAUGAUAUUUAGAAAUAUAUCACAUUGGGUUUUAAUUAAAUUGUGAUGGUCUUUUUUCACAUUUUAAAGACCCGAUGAUUGCUAAAAACUGAUAUUAGUAUAUAAUAAUUCUAAUAGUUUGUUGUUAUACAGUUACAGUGGCUAAGCGGCUAGCUGUUAAGCGCGCUUACAUUAGCUAAUUGGCCGCAUGCGAAAUCCCAAAACAAUACCACAAAUAUCUGAAUGAUAACAGAGCAAUUUUAUUUCAGACAUGAAUAUCUAGCAACAUAAUCCAGGUUUAAGUUCCCACAUCCAACAUGUUAACGCGUUGUAAAGGCACAAUGCUAGCAAGAACCAGUGUGCUGCUAUGUGGCUAGCGGCUAGCAACACACAGCAGCGCCGUAGACAUAAACAGAGUUGCAAGCUAGCUGUCUGCGGCUAGUCAGUUAGUCACAACAACAAGUAGCGGGUAUUAGCCCUGGAGCUAAUUUUUCGUAGUAACGGAGAAGUUACCGGUUGGGAAACAUCUCUGGUGAACUGACACAUUGUGCUGACAGUGUAUUAACUGGCUAGAGGCUCAAUUAGCCACACAAUUGACUGCUAACCCCAUCACAUUUCACUAGCGCCAGCGUUAGCUAAACAUCCACAUCAGCCUGAUCGGCUAAGCAGCGGGCAGCCAUCUCCACACCAUGAGCAACACACCAGUCCAGGAGCCACCUGCCCGGGAAGUGUCCUCUGGCAGUGGGCAGACGUUACCCUCCCGACCCUUCCAGCCAAUCCCUGAUCCCUCGGCUUCUAAAAGAGUAUGCUUCUUCAAAAGCGGUGACUACAAAUUCAGUGGGCAUCGCAUGGUUGUCAAUGCCCGUACAUUCAAGACAUUCGAUGCGCUGCUAGAUGCUCUGUCAAAGAAAGUGCCUCUGCCCUUUGGUGUGAGGACCAUCACCACACCUCGUGGGACCCACCUGGUCAAGGCUUUGGAUGACCUACACGAUGGGGGAUCAUACGUGUGUUCUGAUCAGAGACGGGUGAAGCCGUUAAACUUGGAAGAAGUGAACAGGCGGCAGGUACCGUGGAACACCACCCGGCCCUUUAGCGCCGGGCGACGAAAGCGCCAAGUACUCCAGUUUGGCAGAAGGAAUGAAGAGGCCAGCAGGCCGGCUAAGGUUACUGAGAGGGUGGCAGUACGGACACCUAAGAAACUUGUGGUUAUAAACAACAGGGAUCCCACUGUUAAACGCACGAUCAUGUUGCAGAGAAGAACAGCGCCGACAUUCGAUGCUUUACUGGAUUACUUAUCCCAGAUCCUGCAGUUCCCAGUGCUGAAACUCUUCUCGACAGAUGGCAGGAGAGUCGACGGCCUUGCAGCACUGAUCCUGUGCUCUGGAGUUGUUGUGGCAGCGGGCAACGAGCCAUUCAGAUUAGGAAACUACAGUUUUCACAGAACAGGCCAGGUGGCACAAGUGAUGUACAUGGACACUGCGGAGCCGUCCAUGUUGCAGCCCACAGCUCAGAACAACAAAUCCAUCUCAAGUGGUCGAGGCUCAAGGAACUUCUCCCUGUCAUCAGAGCGAUAUAUCGUUGACCAAGUAAACAAGUCUCGGAACGGAACCGUGAAUUGUAACCCGCAUCAGCGGAGUGGAUCGUUCGAGAGAGAAGUCAACCAUCAGCGCACCUCCGUGGAGACACGUGGAACGGUGAAGGUGGGCAACGAGCGUCACGCUUUGAUCGUACCUCAGGAAGAUGACAUUGAAAAGUCUUUCCGUGUGAAUCAAGACGGCAGCAUGACGGUGGAGAUGAAAGUCCACCUGACCAUUAAAGAGGAGGAGAUGCUCCACUGGACUACAACAGUCAGCCGCUCCAGCCUUAGCAAGAGGGCAGCUUGUAGCUCGAUUUCGGAGUCGGGCAGAAGCUCACCUGACUCGAACAACGCCUUUGCCAAAGACUCCUCUAGCGUCAGUGAAGACGACACAAAAGAGGAGAACCAUCCCGCCGGGGCUGGAAAGGGGGUCGGCUUUAACGACGGGCAAGUAUACGAGAGCUACACUCCCACAACUCUGGGCAAAGCAAAAACAAGUUUCAAGCGCACUCCCACGCCAGGUCCCCAGCGUGUUAGUAAGAAGGCGUCUGUUGAGAGUGUGAAGACGGUGACGGAGACGGGGGUUCAGGAGAGCACCCUGGGACAUUAUUCCUACAUGGAGAGGACGGCUGAUGGUGAGACAACUGAGGGAUACUGCGUUGUCCGACAUAGCAGCAGCAACACAAAGCCAGUCCCCAAACCUCGGAAAACUGCAUCUGCAGGGGCGAACAAGAAAGGCUCCCACUCCUCCAUCAGGUCGUCAGGACUGGCUGAAGUUCUUCAGAUAGAGAAUAACGGGAUGGAGGUCAGAGAGACUGUCAUGCACAUUUACGAGAGUCAAGGUUGCUACGACAACUAUUAUGCAAAUGAAGAAUAUAGCGCAGACGGUGCUGCAGCACCCGAAAGCAAACCAUCCACUGUCCCAUCCAGCAAUGAUAUAGAUUUUUCUACUACCGACUCGCUACAAAGACCAAAAGAGGAGAUGUUAUCAUUGUCAUCAGAGCCAAUAACACACAAGCUUACGACAGCGUCAAACUCCCAAAUACAGGGGACAGAAAACAAAGACAAAACUCCCCGAGCUGACAGGGAAAAGAAAGUGGUUCACCCUUCUAGAAAUCAGAAGAGUUCAACGAGCAGCUCAGAUAAAAAGCAAAAGGAAAGCCCCUCAAAACAAAGCAAACGGUCAUCUACAGACAAACUCAGGAGCAAUACCGGCACAGGAAAAAAGAGUUUGAAUUCAUCGGAGAGUGCCAACAGCGGCCAAAAGAGUCGAGGAGCAGAAAAACCUCAAAGUCAGAAAGUGAAAAAGGAUGAAAAGACGCCAAGAAAAGAGCAAGCCUUAUUAGCUAGCACAGACAAUUUGAGAAGGACCCCAUCUCUGAGGAAAAAUCUGAAUGAAGCAGCUGCUAAAGAUAACGGCCAUAAUGUAAAUACGCCGACUGGGCGGCCUCAAAUGAAGAAGAACAUUUUAGACAUUUUACAACCCAAAAAGUCGCUGUUGCCCGGCAAGAAGACAAUAAGCAAGCCCAAAUCCAUGAUCGAAAACAGAACAUCGACGCCCAAAAAGUCUUCUGAGUUGGGUGAGAGUUUUUCGAUGCCUUCUCUCAAUCCUUCUCCCUCUGAAAUCCACCAGUAUGUCGAGAACUGGUUGGAGAAGGCUGAACCAGAGUCAGCGCCGUACACUGAGGAAGACAUCGCAGACGUAUCGGAGCCUCAAACAAAAGUUGUGUUUCAGAUAGGCGGGGAUUCUGAAUCCGAUGAAACGAACGGAUGCCAGACGAGUCCAGAUGAGGAAAAUCCACCGCCUGCUGAUGCUGUCAAGAAAUCGGCUUCAUGUCUGUCUGUGCCCCAUUGUCAUGCGGCGCCGGCCACAGCUCUCCCGCACAACGAACAAUAUGCGAGAGGUUUGUGUGUUUCGAUGCCGAGUGUCAGAGUCGAUCCCGGACACCAGGAGAACAGAGUGAGGGCGCACAAAUCUGCAGAGGCCAUCGGCCCAGCUGCUAAUGAAUCAGCUUCAUCUGAGCCCAGUGCUUUAAGUCCCAAAGCAAGAAUCAGACCUGUCCUGCAGCAACUUUGUUCAUCGGUUCAGUGCAUCAGAAACGCGCCUGAGACGAGCACAACGUCCAACCUCGAGAAGUCCAACAGCCUUCCUGAUUUCCCAACGCAGGUGGCUUCAGUGUUCGGCUCAUCGUGUAAAGCCUUCCUGUCGUUCUUAUCAGUGAUGACCCUGCGAGACAACCUAACACCGAACCAGUCAAGAUCCGGCUCUGAGGCCAUGUUAAUGAUGGAAUCCCUGCAGAAAAUCUCUACCAUGGAGGACGAGGCGGAGCAAAGGGCAAGCUUGACGGACCUGCAGAGCAGCGCGUCUUCUCAGCUCAGAGAACACUGGAAGGAUUUCCAGAUCCUGAGGGAAAGGCUUGAGAGUGAACCGCUGUCCCCAAGAGUCUCAGAAACAGAAUUCGCCCUGGAUGUUGUCUCCGAAGGAGGCGACGUAUUUGAGGAUCAGCAUAUGGUUAUUGACGAGCUGAUGGAGGAACUGAAUAUGCCGCAAGAUCUCCGGGAGCAGAUUUCUUCAACAAUCCAACAAGCCAGAAGUUUCUACCCUGUAGAUGAGAGCACCUUCGUUGAAAUCGAAAAAGACCAGUCGGAAACAGAUGAAGAUGUGGAAAAAUUUGUUGAAGGGUGUGAAACACCAGAGCCUGGUACUACCUGCACAGCUGAGGGCAUUAUUCAGACAAAACAUGAUGGGCAACAGGGCAUGUUGAAUGAAGCAGAGCAAGAAGCUGAUAAAGUUCAGGAAAUGGACAUUGAUGUAAAAGAAUCAGAACUAUCACAGACAGGCAAAGAUGAGCCAUUAGAAGAGAGAGAAAAUGCAGGGGAACAGGCAGAGGAGGAGGAUGGAGAACCAAAGGAGAUAGAUGAUGGUAGUGCUGGUGAAGAGACAGAAAUAGGAGAAAAUGAAAGUGAGGAAGAAGCAGAACAGGCUGCAGUGACAGAGGUAAUAAUGGAUGAUAAUGGGCAGGAGGAAUGGGAGGAGGAAAAAGGAAAUGAGGAGGAAACUAUUGGCAAAAUAGAGGAAGGGAUAGAGGAAGAGAUGACAGUGGAUGAAGAGGCCGAGGCAGAGGAAUCAGACGUUGGAGAGAAAGAAGUGGUUGAGGAGAUUGAUGAGGGGAUAAUGGAUGAUGAUGAUGAAGAACUGAGAGAGGAAGACAACGUUGAAGACACAGAUGAGAGAGAGGGUGAGGAGGAGGAGGAGAUAGAGGAGGAGGAAAGGGAGGAUGAUGAGGUUGUUGUAGAGGUAGAUGCGGUCACUGGGGAGACAGAUGAAGGAGAGAGGGUAGAUAAUAUUGAAGAAGAGGGGGAGGAAGAGGAAGUUACUUUGAUUGAGGAUGCAGAGGACGAAGCAGAGGAAGGUACUGUAGAGAAUGAGGAAGAGGAAAUGGCAGAGGUUAUUGAUGAGAGAGUGGAAGAAGAAGAGGUAGAAAAUGUAAUCGAAGAGGUGGAAGAGGAGGAGGAGGAAGAAGACACUUUUAUUGAGGAUGCAGAGGAGGAAGCAGGGGAAGGUGUUGAAGAGCAGGAGGAAGAGAAAAUGGCAGAGGUUAUUGAGGGGAGAGAGGAAGUCGAGGAGGGUCAAAAUGUGAUUGAAAAGAUGGAAGAAGAGGAGGAGGAGGAAGAUACUUUUAUUGAGGAGGCAGACAAGGAAGCAGGGGAAGAUAUCGAAGAGGAAGAGGAAAUGACAGAGGUUACUGAGGAGAAAGAAGAGGUUGAAAUUGUAAUGGAAGAGAUCGGAGAGGAGGAGGAAGAAAAAGAUGUAGUUACAGAGAAAGAUGCAGUUAUUGAGGAGGAGGGAGAGGAAAUGGAGGAGGUUAUCGAGGAGGACGCUGGAGAGGAUGUUGAAGAAGGAGGCGAGGAUGUCGAGGUUAAAAUAGAAGACAGGGUGGUUACAGAUGAGGAAGAGGAGGAGCAGGAAGCUGACAAAACUAUAGAUGAGGAAGAAGAAUGUGAUGAGGGCGAAGAGUGCAGGAAAGAAAGUAGUGUUGAGGAGGAAUCUGUAGAAGAGAAAGACGUCGUGGAGGAGGCAGAGCUCGAAGGAGACGCGAUAGAGCAAAUACUAAACAAAGGAGUGACGGGAGAUGAUGAAGAUAAUGAAAGCAAUGAGUUCACUGAUGGGUCAGAUGAGAUGGAAGAGCGAGCGAUAGAAGAGGAAAGGGUUUCUGGUGACGCAGGCAGUAUUGCUGGUGAAAUCCUACUAGAGGAGGCCGCAUAUUUGCAGGAGCAGAGCAGCAGCGAGGAGGAAGCAAAUGUGGAUGCCAAGGUGGGAAAACAAGACACCGAAUCACCAACCAAACAAUCCUCCGAGGGUCAGUGUGAGGAUGAAAAAGGUAACGGAACGGACACCGUUCACGAACUAGAGACCGACGAGGAGAGGCGAAGCAGUCUGCCACAUCCGGUGGAAAUAUCACAGGAACUACUCGACUUUGUUAACUCGGCCCUGCAGUCCUCCUCGCUUAUAUUCACGUACGACGCUCAGGGGAAGAUCAGGAUAGAGCCGGAUAAUGCCCGAGUCGUGCAAACUAAAACUGUCAUUCCGAGAAGCAGAGAGGAUAGUUCGUACGGCUUGAAGCGCCUCCCGAGUCCGAUCACCUCAGAUUUGUCCGACUACAGGCCCGAAACGUCGGAGAGUGGGGGAUAUAAAUCUCAGGACUCCGUGGAUAUCGUCACAGAGAGCGGAGACAGCGCUUCAGAGAAACCUCCUCUGACCCGUGGACACAAGGCCGACAUUUCUAGCGGGAUGGCGAAUGUGCAGCGAGGUGACUCUAAACUGUCCAGUGGAAGUCGUUCAGAAGCCUUGCGCGACUCCCGAUUAAAAAGUGGAGGGAGUUUCUCUUCCCUUGACUCGGGCACUAAAGCCUCAAGAGAGGAUCUGUCUUAUUUCAGCGGCGCAAGCUCACAAAAAGCAGACAACGAAGCUGCCCCGGAGGCCGCACAGUGCGUUUCUCUCGCCUCCGAGAAAGACUCUACUGACGGGGUUCUGAUCGACCGAGGCAGAUGGCUGCUCAAGGAGAACCACCUUAUCCGAAAGUCCCCCCCGGUCUCCCUGGGAAUGUACGGAAACGCAGACAGCUCGUCCAUGGACACGGGUCAGGAGAACUUGAGCGAGGAUUCCCUGUCUCACUGUAAAGCCCAGCCCAACCCUCUUGCAGCCAUAUCCUCAUCGGAGCUCGAGGAGAUGGCGAAGCCUCAAACCCCGAAGUGCACCUACUACAACAUGCCACACGGAAGCGACUCGGACCCGUUCAUGGAUGAUUCCAGUUACAAAAGUGGGAAAAGGGAUUCGAGCAGUGCCAGGGGGCGAGGCGUCAGGGUCUCACCCACGAUUGACACUUCCCGAACGUGGGCGAGUAAAAAUGGUAGCAUGUCUUCUUUUGCAUCAGUCGAGUUUAAAAUAGCGGACAGGAAAGUGCAUCCUGAGGGGGAGUCCUCUGCCGUGACACGGGCGAGAAGGACAUCUAGUGGAGGAGGCCGUGUACUGCAGGCCCAGGACUCCCUGGACACACUGCAUGUGAGAUGUGGCCAGUACUGUCCCAUAUUAUGAGAACAGGACAUUGUGUUUCACAUGUGCUGCCCCUGCAUGCAGCAUUAUUCUUGUUUUAAUGCAGCUGAAGAUGUUUCAUGUUUUGUCAAAUAAUCAUGAACAAUAACUUUUCUCACUGCCCCGCUGGACUUGCAGAAAUGUGCAGUGAGUGGAGAGACCUGUGCCUCAUAUUUAUGCUGUAUUCGGUUUAAAAUGUCAUUUUGCACUUGUUAACUUCGACGCUGACAUCCAUCACAGAACUGCGCAUGUGGAAUGUAACAAUUUCUGCAAAAAAAGAAAAAAGAACAAUGUUUUUACCGAUUCAAUGCUCCUGACUGUACAUCACUGUAUUAUCCAAGCACCACAAGGUGUCAGUUGCUUGUUUGAUAUGCGACACAUCACAGAAAUGACUGUAUCUGCCAAGGAAAGCAGAUUGUGUUCUGCGGAGACUUCCUAUGAAAGAUGUGGACACUAUGAAGUUCAGCAUGUUGCUCCUUCAAAGAACAACUGUUCAGAACUUAUAAAGAAGUGUGAACUGAUUUUUCUGUCAAAGCACCACAUUUUCUAUCAGGCAGCUUCUAACAAAACGUUGUUUCUGGCUGUAAAGAUAUUCAAUAAAAACAUGUUUGAUUUUUCAAUUGUGGGGUACCCCACUUCAGUGAAGUCACGGACCUACAUGAAAGAGAGAUUAAAUAAAGUCCAAGCUAAAGCAGCAGAGGUCGGCAGUCAGAGUUGAACGUGUAAAUUCUCAUUUUCUGUAACUGCAGUUUGUGUUUAUAUCUCCCAGCAUCAAGACUUUUAAAAUGUUUCAACAAAGCUUUCUUCUUUACUGCAUCAAACUGCUUAAAAACUAAAUAAUUCAUGUGUUCAAAUGAUGUGUCAAUGUUAAAAGGUGCUGCUCGUAGUCAGAGAACUAGCUAUCUGUGGCUCCCCAUCAGUUUUACAGAGCUUUAUAUAGUGAGUUCAAGCUGAUUAUUUAGCUGUCUGGCCGCAACAAUUACUGUUUUCAGUUCCCUCUCGCUGCACUAACCCUAACAGCAGGCAGCUACUGUCAGUGCUAAAGCUCCACAAGCCUGUAUUUUUCCUGUUCAGCACCAAACAGCAGAAAGACAAUGUUAUGGACUAGCUGGUGAUGGACAGGGGGGAGCAUUUAGCAGCUAAGGAACAAGUCCCCGGUUUGUGCCUAAGCAA